UGUAGGCUGUGCGAAUCCGGCGGUUUCUUAAAUAAUUUCUAUGGACUGUACAGAACUGUAUAGAAAGAGAAGAUUUCAAUCCCGUCGGACCGACUUACAAAUGUAAAAUAGAUGCUUCCAUCAAAGGUCGCUAUUUGAAUGCUGAAAAAAGUUACAUUUUCGACGCAGGCGCAAAGGAGGUGUUGCCUUUGAGUAUUACUUGUAGUUCCACACUAAAGCUAUCGCCACUAGUUUAGGACAGUGCAGAGGCAACUGUAUCCACAUUGUGCGGAAUUAAAUGGUAGGUGGAGGAUUUGUUUUCUAAGGAGUGGUAUAAAGGGAACAUACCGAAUGUGCUCGAUAUCACUUUGGUCUUGGCCGCUGAUUCUUUGGUAACAGGAAGCCUCUACGCAAGAAUUUUUUCCUUGAGGGCCCAGUGCCAUGCCAGAAGGAUCUCACAGCACUCCAUAUGAGGUCCCAAUGGGUGAAGAAUCGCCUCGGUUGUCCACGGCCUCCUCGGUCAGCAGCAAUGAGCGGAUGUCCACGGCGACCAUGUCGGACUGCUCCGCCUCCCUCAGUGCCGACUUGGCCGACGGCGAGCGCCCGGUGAGCCUGGUGUCCACCCUCUCCUCCGGCUCGUCCCGGGACGGGCAGAGCCUGUACGGGAGCACCGCCGCCCUCCCCGGCGCCGCGCCCUGCCCGGGGGACGACAUCGACCUGGAGCUGAGCCCUGCAGGAGGCGCCAGGGAGCAGCAGCAGCAGCAGGGGCACGUGGACCCAGGGGAGACGAGGAGAAGGGGGUUCCCCUUCCGCCAGAGCAGGUCUCCGCACAACAACGCCGGCAACCCCAGCGCCACCGAAGGAGCCAACCAGCCCUCCACCUCGCCCUUUGCGGCCAAGGCCAUGGCCCCCAACCCCAAGCUCACCUACGUGGACCGCGUCGUCAUGGAGAUAAUCGAGACGGAGCGCAUGUAUGUCCGGGACCUGCGCAGCAUCGUGGAGGACUACCUGGCUCAUAUCAUUGACACUGGCGACCUUCCCAUGCGGCCUGAGCAGGUGUCUGACCUGUUUGGAAACAUUGAGGACAUCUAUGAGUUCAAUAGCGAGCUCUUGCAGACUCUGGACAUGUGCGAGAAUGACCCCGUGGCCAUCGCCAGGUGCUUUGUGGACAAGAGCCAGGAUUUUGAAAUCUACACACAGUACUGCACAAACUACCCCAACUCGGUUGCUGCUCUGACAGACUGCAUGAGGAGCAAGGCUCUGGCCAAGUUCUUCCGGGACCGGCAGGCCUCUUUGAAACGUUCCCUCCCGCUGGGGUCCUAUCUGCUCAAACCAGUCCAGAGGAUCCUCAAGUACCACCUGCUGCUUCAGGAGAUUGCCAAACAUUUUGACCCCCUGGAGGAAGGCUACGAGGUGAUAGAGGAAGCCAUCGACACCAUGACGGGCGUGGCCUGGUACAUCAAUGACAUGAAGAGGAAGCACGAGCACGCGGUUCGACUGCAGGAGGUCCAGUCACUGCUCAUUAAUUGGAAAGGGCCUGACCUCACCACCUACGGAGAGCUGGUCCUGGAGGGGACGUUCCGUGUCCACCGUGCCAGGAAGGAGAAGACGCUCUUCCUUUUCGAAAAGAUGCUCAUCUUCACCAAGAAGAGAGGGGAACACUAUGUCUACAAAUCGCACUUCUCGUGCUCCACGCUGAUGCUGAUCGAAAGCACCAAGGACUCCCUGUGCUUCAGCAUCGCCCACUUCAAGCACCCCAAGCAGCCUCAGACGGUGCAGGCCAAGACUGUUGAGGAGAAAAGACUAUGGGCGCAUCACAUAAAGAGGCUCAUUUUAGAAAACCACCAUGCCAUCAUUCCACAGAAGGCUAAAGAGGCUAUUCUAGAGAUGGACUCCAUAUACCCAUCGAAAUACCGGUACAGCCCAGAGAGAAUGAAGAAAGCCGUGUCCUGCCAAUCAGACGACUUCACGGGCGGAGGGCGGCAAGGAAGGAGGCAGUCAGAACCAGCCAAGCAGAUCAUAAAGAACACUAUAGCCAUUCUCAAGCACGCAGACAGUGAAGGAACGCUGCAGGCCCCCAGGCACUCUCUGCAGGCUGGCGCUAGUGUCAGCACCCUGGGCUCGAGCCUAGGCGAGCCUGAGGCUGAGAGGCCUAGUGUGGAGGACGAUGAGGAAGAACUGGGCCAAAGGCAGGACUCGCCGGAGCGGCUGAGUCCUAGUGACAGUGAGGAGCCUAGGCCAGGGACGCCACCCUGUGUGGGUGGGGUGGAGCAGGAGGAGGAGGAGGGGGAGAGUGACAAGGACGAUAUUCUGAUGGGGGACGACCAGGUAGCCGACUUUGCCAGCUCAAUGCUGGCCGCCAUCUCCUGCUGGCACUAUAGGGCCAGGGCUUUGCUUUUCGCUCGGUUUACAACGGAUGAAGAUGGCUGUGACGUCACUGAAGAGCAUGAGCUCAAGAUGGAGAAUGACCAAUCGUCCGGUCAGGAAGAAACAUGUGCGACGGGGGAUGGUGAUUCCCCCGCUGAACAGUCCGCUGGAGAACAGCCGCCUUCCCAGUCAGGGGCCACGGAGGAGUGUGAGGAAGGCGCCUCUUCGGAUAUAGAACAUGUUGCCAUGGCCACCCUGUCCCCAGACUCAUCUGCAGACCCAGAGAUGGUAAAGCGUGAGGAGGAACAAGGAGAGGAUGAGGAGGAGGAUGAGGUGGAAAAGGAGGAGGAGGUGGAUGAAGUGGAGAAGGAGGAGGAGGAUGAGGAGGAGAAGGCAGAGACCCUGCCUAUCCACCAGCAGGCGAAUGUGAAGGCCCUGAGCAGUGGAGAAUCCUCUGAGGAAGAGGAAGAAGAAGCAGCACCAGAGGCGGAACCCAGCAGCAUCCUCCCUCAGUCUGUGCUGGACCAGGCUAGCAUCAUUGCCGAGCGAUUCGUCAGCCUGUCGCGGCGCGGGAGCCUCAUCGCUGACGACGUGCGAUCCCUGAGCUGCCCAUCGCCGCGGCUGGGCAGCAGAAGCAGCAGCGCCCUCAGCCUCAGCACGGACCCUCAGGACAAAACGCAGAGGCUCACCAGCACCACCUCCGAACCCCCGCUGAGCCUCCAUGACCUGGCCACCCCUACAGCCGACGCGAAUCCCUUCUCCCCGAGCUCAGACAACCUUGUUGAGGUGGACCGAGGAUCUCUGAGGAGGCGCGACUCCACCCUCUCCAAGCAAGACCAGCUGCUCAUCAACAAGGUCAAGAGCUACUACGAGCACGCCGAGCACCAGGAUGCCAGCUUCAGCAUCAAGCGCAGGGAGAGCUUGUCCUACAUCCCCACCGGCCUGGUGAGGAACCUCAGCAGCCGCCUCAAUGGCAACCCCAAGGCAGAGGCCGUGGCUACUGAGACUAGGCUAGCUCCCAAUAUCCGUCCUGCUUCUUGGGCAGUGUUUAACCUGCCAGGUUUGGAUAAAGACCAGAAGACAAAGCCCUCUGAGCCGGAUGCUGAUAUGUCCGUAGAGGGCCCAACCUCUAAGGCCAGGUCCCAGAGUGUUAAGGAAGAGGAGUUCCGGCCCUCAUCUGAGAUGAUCAAGGUGUGGCAGGACAUGGAAAUGGAGGUCAACGGGACCCUGGCAGAACCUCUGGGUGCAUCAAAAGCCAAGGAGGGUGGCCAGGGCAGGGAAGCCGGACCAAGCCUCUCCCAGAGGGACUCAUCCAGCAACAACAAGCCAGAAGCUGAAUACAGCGAGCCGUUGAUGAUCCUUGAAGAGUGCGACCUCAGCACGAUUUCAGAGGAGUCCACAGUCCCUUCACCUGUUAACGCCUCACCAGACAGGGAGGUGGGUCCGGAUCAGCCAGCCAGCCUGAACGAGACCCGCAGACCCCAGCGGGGGAGCAGGGUCUCCCGGGCACCCAUCCCCAGGGUCAUAAGCCUAAGGGGAAACAUGGAGGAGGAUCUGCUCCUGCAGGACGUGGAGAAGAUGAAGAACAAGGUGUUCCAGUUGGCCCGGCAGUACAGCCAGCGCAUCAAGAACAGCAGGCCAGUGGUGAGACCGAGGUGCUGGGACGUAGAGGGCCAGUUCAGCCUGAGGAACCUGCCCUCUGUCCAGGAGGAAAGGCUGGAGAAGGAGGACAGAGGUCAUCCCAACCUGACGCUGCCCGUGACCUCUUACGACCAGGUGAUCCUGCAGGAGUUGAAGUCACCCAGUCCAGUCACCACCCCACGGUCUGCAGGGAGCCCCCAUAUCCUGUCCCCCAGAAUUCUUCGCUCCAAGAGCCCGCUCAGUCCUGUGGAGGCCGAGAGCUUCAACUGGCCGGACGUGCGCCGGCUGCGGUCCAGAUACGCCCGCCGCAGCCCCGAGCGGACCCCGCCUCGCCUCGCCCCGGUGAACCGCAGCACCUCCGUGCCUGAGAAGAUGCUGGACGCUGCUGCACCGAGAUCCAUGUGGAGGCACUCCAGCUACUCUCCAGGCUACAGUGCCCCAUUGGACACACUGACAGCCUCCGACACCCCCUCCGUGGUCCCGCUCUACAAGCCCCACCAGGACAAGGCCUCCGCAAGGGAGGACAGACCCAUGCAAAUGUACAGAUCAAGCUCCCUGGAUCAGAGGCUGGGCACGCUGGACGUGAAUGAGCUGAACCACCUCCAGAGCAACGAUGCCACCAGCGGUUACUACAUAUCUGGUCAGGCCCCUCUGCCCGACCAGCAAAAGGUCAUCAUCGUGGAGAAGCAUGCCAAGGCUGAGCCAUCAGAGGAAGAGAGAGAGGGAGAUGGGGGGUUAGAGAUAAAGGAUGAGGAAGAGCCUGACAAGAACUACGUUCAAAUCCACUCACCCACCUCCCGGGAGAAAAUCUCUAUCAUGGCUGUCAUUGACCGUUGCAGGGCCUACCAGGAGUCAGACGAAUACAGACAGAGGGAGGACGGUGGGGGGAACGCAGACCAGGCCACUAAAAAUGGGAAGGUAACAGACCAAGGCCAAGGUCCCAUCCCCAAUGAGUUGGACAGUUCCCAGCAUUCCCCUGUGAAUUAUAGCAAAAAGACUGAGAAUAGCCAGCACAGCUUGGUGAAAAACCUAAGAGAAAAGUUUCAGAACUUGAGUUCAAACCCACUUUAAAUUUUUCUAGAACCUUUAUUCAAGUUCAGACAUAUGAGCCUUGAAAAUUGGCCUACUAAUCUUUUGUUUUCCUUCCUGGUCUUCUUUUUGGGCUGAGACUUACCUUUUGUGUAAGUAAAUGUAAAAUACUGAAAUGGAAAGAAAAUGUGCUCAAGUUUUCAACCUUAUGUGCAGGUUACUGUUACUGCUUCACUAUAAAAGCAUGUCAACCUCAUACUGUGCCAGUAUACACAUGCAAACCAUUUGUCAAAUUUCUACCUGGUAACAUUUUGCCUUCAUCUUCAGUUCUCAUGUCUGCAUUUUCCAUAUUGACUUGAUAUUAAUCUCACAAGUUAAUCAUGGCAAAAUAAUUAUUUGACUCCAUUUUGUUUUAACAUAUUUUCACAUUUGAUGUUUUAUCUGCUGGUUUACCAUGCAGUUCCCUGUGCAAAUUUGAAAGGAUAUUGAUAUUGAAAGGAUCAAUCAUAUGAGUUGUAAUAAUAUAAAUUACUUGGUUUUAGUGCCAGAUGAAAUGUAAUUUUGUAAAUAUCUGUACAUUUGCCACUACUCAUAACUCUGGAUAUUACUUCAGUUGUAAAGAAUAUUUAUGCAUUCAUCUGGUUGUUCAUGGUAGUGGGAGUCUUUCUUACAUAUUUAAGACACAUACGUAAAUAUGGGGCAGUGAGUAAAUGUUUCAUUCCUCUCUGUCUGGUCAAGCUGUUUAAAGACAGCUUGACCAGACCUAAAAUACUUUCUAUUACUGCUGUCAGUUUCUGACAAAAAAAAUUUUCUAUAAUUUUUUAUUUUUAUUUUCCUUGGUUCUAAUUCCAAUUAACUCAGAACAGGGUCAAGGAUUUGAAUUGUGUUUGUGGGGAUUUCAUAAUUGUAAAUAACAUGGAUACAUGUCUGUGUAGUUUAAACAAUACUCUUGUUGCAUCUUUGACUAAACUGCAUCUGACCACAAGCCAAGACCAAGGCGCACAGUUUAGUCUGUUGUAAUGGAAUGUUGUACCCAAGCCAUUGAACCUACUGUUCUCUGUGGUCAAUGUGAGCCUUUGCUCCUUGCACAGUGAAAGGCAGGCCCUACAAGAGGAAGUAUUGAUUCAUGUUUAAACAAUAAAAACACCAGUUCCUUUUCACAUAACUUAGUUGAACGUAAAACACAAAAUUUAGUUUUGUAUUAUAUAUGGAAGUUAAGAGUUGAUUACAUUAUUCAAAAUAUUUAUAUUAACAUCUCUUUAUUUCAACCAGACAAUAGAACAAAACUGUGGGUUCUGUUCCAUCACUUUGCAUCUCUGACAUCCCAUUGUGACCCUUAGAAACAGGUAUCUUUGCUUAUAUGAAUGUGAAAAGAAUAUUGACCUCAAUUAAAUGAUUAAUAGCUGGUGCGAAGGCUGAGUCCAGCAGUCCAACAGGAAGGCUCUCACUAUUGGGAAUUACCCAUCAUGACUUGACCUUUAGUCCCGUGGUGUUAUUGUGCCAGUUUUAUAAUUAUGUUAUAGUUGGAGCUAAUAAUCUAUGGAGCUCUCCUACCAUGCACUGUGUAUUACACUAUUUUCCACUACUCAAGGCUGUAAUUAUUUCCAUUAUUUCUGGAACUAAUUCCCUUAAUUAUUUUAUAUUUCUCUCCUUAUUUAUUAAGCUGGUGUACAUUUGAUAUACAAUAAUCAACUGUCUUUAUACUGUAUAAAUAUCCACCUAUAUAUAUGUUAUUUUAUCCCAUUUCAGAAACUUAACUGUACAGAAAUGUUGUCAUUUUUAUGUUUCCUGGAUGGGGCAUACAUUCCGGAAUAAAACAACAAAUGUCUAGAGAUUGACUACUGUAA